AUGGUGAACGACUUGAAUGUUUCUGACGAUACGGUGAAAUUUGUUGACGAGACCACUAUCUGGGAGAUUGUCUUGAAGGGUCGCAAGAAUCCAGCUCGGUCCAACCGUCUCAAAUUACAGAAUCUACUAAACGGGCUUCUGAGACUAACAUGA